AUGACAGCAAAGCUAGUUUUAUUAUUUUUAUUUUUUACAAUUGUUAUUUUUGUAAAUUCUGGGGAAUGUGAUCCUCGUUGUGAUUGUGACGAAGUAGCAAAAGGUUGCCCCGGUCCUCGUUUCUGUAUGAAACCGAAUCCAGAUGAUUGUAAUAAUUAUAUUCAAUGUACUGAUGCAGGUGUGUUUUCUGAACAACCAUGUCCAGAUGGUUUACAAUGGAAUGAUGAUGGACUACGUUGUGAAAACCCAGUAAAUAGUACAUGUCAUCCGUUACCUUUGGAUUUAUCACCAAUACUCGUAUUAGCAUUAAGAUUCAACAAUAUCAAUAUUAUUGGCACUUGUAUUACGAAUCAAUCAAAGUUAUGUUCAAAUAGUUUAAGAUUGACAACAACAACAUCAUCAUCAGUAAGAACCUAUUUUACACGUGUGUCAGCCAUCAAUCAGUACAAUGGUAAUGUAGUCUGCAUUGAUUCACGUGCUAAAAAAGGUGGUGGUGGUGGUGGUGGCGGUAAGAAUGACAAAAAAGAGAACGAUGACAUUGUAAAUUGGUUAAUUACCAAUAGAUCGGAAGGAUUCUCUUACAAGUCACUUGAGUAUGCUUACAAUGGUAGUGUGGAGCUAAUGAAAAUGCUACUACGCAUAACAACCUUUGGAGUUACAGAGGCGGUAAUGAAUCUUAGAAAUGGAAGAUUGGAAUUGUUAAAAUGGCUAUUUGAAAAUGAUAACAAUAGUUUAAAAUCUACUUUACAAGAGUCUAUGGAUAGCGCUGCUAAUAAUGGAUCGGUCGAUGUGAUAAGUUGGCUAAACGACAAUACGACACUGCGAAAUAGCCAGGCGACAAUAUUGAAAUGUAUGAUGACUGGAAAGUUGGAAGUUGUCCAAUGGUGGCUCAAGAAAGCAGCACCUGAGGAUGAUGUUCCAGAAUGCAUUCAUGGGGUCAUUCAAACAGCUGCUAGAUUCGGUCACAAAAAUACAACACCAGCAGAAAAACAAUAA